AUAAUUUUCUGGAGCCGGGUUUGGACAAGAUUACAAAAAAUAUGUACGAGGGGGGCCAGGAGGAAACAUUGUCAUUUUCUGUGUGUGGAAAAAGAAUAGUUGCUCGAUCGGGUAUAUUUGAAACUCAAUUGGAACACAUCUUAGAAGGUGUAGUUGUUGGUAGGUUCAAAGGGUGGCAUGGCUGCUGCACAGGCUCAGAGUUGGGUUGGAGAAAGUGGUGGUCUAAUAAGCAACCCAAAACGCAUGGAAGCUUCUCUGAUGGAAGCUGGAGCACGUCAUCUUGUUACUAGCUUCCUUGGACGUUAUAUCUCUACUGGAUCUUUAAUUUUGAUGGAGGAUGGGGGCACAAUAUUUACUUUUGAAGGAAACAAGAGAAAAUCUUCUCUAAAAGUUGUUCUUAAAGUUCAUAGACCCCAGUUUUACUGGAAGGUCAUGACAAGGGCUGAUUUAGGCCUUGCAAGUGCAUACAUUGAUGGCGAUUUUUCUUUCACUGAUAAAAAUGAUGAUCUUUUGAAUCUUUUUAUGAUUUUCAUUGCAAGCAGAGAUUCAAAUUCCUCUGCCUCAAAAUUGAAUAAGAGAACAAGGGGCUGGUGGACACCGGUGCUAUUCACAGCUGGUUUAGCAUCUGCAAAAUACUUUUUCGCUCAUUUUUCAAGGCAAAAUACUCUUCGACAGGCUCGAAGAAACAUCUCUCGUCAUUAUGAGCUGAGCAAUGAGCUUUUUGCUCUGUUCUUGGGGGAAUCAAUGCAAUACUCCUGUGCUGCAUUUAAGAAGGAAGAUGAAGACUUGAAUGUUGCACAGCUGAGAAAAAUCGCACUUUUGAUAGAAAAGGCAAGAAUUGAUGAGAAGCAUGAAGUUCUUGAAAUUGGGUGUGGUUGGGGAAUAUUUGCUAUUCAAGUUGUCAAACAAACUGGAUGCAAAUACACUGGCAUCACUCUGUCAGAAGAGCAAUUGAAAUUUGCAGAAAAGAAAGUAAAAGAUGCUGGCCUUCAGGACAACAUUAGAUUUCUUCUUUGCGACUACCGCCAAUUGCCUGAUACCUACAAAUAUGACAGAAUUAUAUCCUGUGAGAUGAUAGAACAUGUCGGCCAUGAAUUUAUGGAAGAGUUUUUCGGUUGCUGUGAAUCAGUCUUAGGAGAAGACGGGGUUGUUGUUCUGCAGUUCUCAUCGCUACCAGAUGUACGUUAUGAACAGUACAGGAAAAGUUCAAAUUUCAUAAAGGAAUAUAUUUUUCCUGGUUGUUGUGUGCCUUCAUUAAGCAGGAUAAUAUCAGCCAUGGCUGCUGCAUCCAGGCUCAGUGUGGAGCACGUGGAGAACAUAGGGAAUCAUUACUACCAAACACUGAGAUCUUGGAGAAAAAAUUUUAUGGAGAACCAGAGCAAAAUCCUCACUCUCGGGUUUAGUGAAAAAUUCAUUCGGACAUGGGAAUAUUACUUUGAUUAUUGUGCGGCUGGUUUUAAGACGCAUACACUUGGAAAUUAUCAGGUUGUAUUAUCACGUCCUAGCAAUGCUGCUGUGUUUGGUAAUCCAUAUCAAACUUUGCCUUCAGCAUGUUGAUUAUGUUCGCAAAGGAGAGACACAAUCUUCAUAUUCCUGCUUGGACAAACUAUGGUCGGUUCUUUCUUUUUUGGAGGUCAUUAUAUUGCUUUCAUUUGUUGUGCGUACGAUGGCAGACCAGAAAAGAAUUGCAUUCUUUGCUGAUUCAGAAUCAUAACUUGAUCAUGGAUCCAAUAAAUCUUAUGGUCUGAGCUUUAACUCAAAGAUUCCGUUGCUUAUUCCACUACACAAAACCUUUGUGUUAGGAAUGCUUUGGGAUGGGGUUG